AUUUUGUUUUGGAAGUCACUUCCUUGUCUUUACAGAGUUAGAGGUCGGCUCACAAUGGCUUAUCUGCUCUUCACCUGCCUUGUUCUCUAUGCUUUGUCCAUUUGCUCUGCUUCRCCGCCGAAUUUYGUGCUUCUCUUCGCAGAUGAUCUGGGAUUCGGGGACUUGGGUUGUUAUGGACACCCGAGUUCACUGACUCCUAACCUGGACCGCCUGGCAGAAGGAGGACUUCGAUUUACAGAUUUUUACUGCACCAGUCCGGUCUGCAGCCCCUCUAGAGCAUCGUUGCUGACAGGUCGCUACCAGACCCGCUCAGGCAUCUUUCCAGGUGUAUUUUACCCAGGCUCCAUUGGGGGUCUCCCACUGAAUGAGACCACCAUUGCAGAGGUGUUGAAACCUUUGGGUUAUGCCACAGCUGCUGUGGGGAAGUGGCACUUAGGCUAUGGAGCCAAUGGAACAUUUCUUCCAACCCAACAGGGGUUUGACCAGUACUUGGGAAUCCCUUACUCUCACGACCAGGGGCCAUGCCAGAACUUGACCUGUUUCCCUCCAGAUGUAAAGUGUUUUGGACUGUGUGACGUUGGAGUAGUAACCGUCCCUUUGGUCCAUAAUGAUAAGAUCAAGCAGCAACCAGUCAACUUCCUUGAUCUGGAAAAGUCAUACAGCGACUUUGCAACCAAUUUUAUAAUCACAUCUGUCAAGAAAAAUCAGCCUUUCUUUCUUUACUACCCAUCACAUCACACUCACUACCCUCAGUAUGCUGGUACCAGAGCAGCAGGUCACUCUCUGAGAGGUCCAUUUGGUGACGCCCUCUUUGAGUUUGACAGCACAAUAGGAAACCUAAUGGCAACGCUGGAAAAGAUGGGCGUGAUCAACAACACACUUGUGUUCUUCACUGCUGACAAUGGGCCUGAAUUGAUGCGUAUGUCGCGUGGUGGAAACUCAGGCCCACUGAGAUGUGGCAAAGGUACAACAUAUGACGGAGGCAUGAGGGAGCCAGCCAUUGCAUUCUGGCCAGGGGUCAUCAGACCAGGGCUGACCCAUGAGAUGGCCAGCACUCUGGAUAUCCUCCCAACCAUUGCGAGUCUGGCUGGAGCCAAGCUUCCCCCGGUGAUACUGGAUGGGUUUGAUAUGACAGAUCUCCUCUUUCACAAAGGAAAGAGUAAAAGGGAGGCGAUGAUGUUCUACCCCAUAGACCCUAAUGAAAAAUACGGCCUGUUUGCUGUAAGAUUGGGAAAGUACAAGGCCCACUUUUACACAAGAGGCGCCACCCACAGUGCUACCACCCCCGACAAAGAUUGUUCCGAUUUUGCGGUCCUCAAGGUCCAUGAUCCACCUCUCAUUUUUGACCUGGAGGCCGACCCCUCGGAGCACUACCCUCUUCCUCUGGACGAGAGACCUGACAUCCAAGCCGUGCUGCUGCAGAUAAAGAAAGUUAAGGUGCAGUUUGAGGCGACCAUGGUCUUUGGAGAAAGCCAGAUAUCAAAGGGAGAGAACCCAGAUCUUGAGCCCUGCUGCAGUCCUGAGUGUAGCCCCAAGCCCACCUGCUGCCACUGCUGAUUGGUGGCUCUGGGGGUGUUUGUGAAGACAAGGUGGGAGGAGACAUUUCACUGAAUUUAUCCUAAGAUCUAAAGAUCAGAGGACAUUAAGGUCAUGUGGGGUUUUGCACUAAUCGUUUUCUUUUAGCUUCUGGAGAAUAUAUAUCCUUAUUGAAAAGGAAUACUAUGAUAUUUUCCUCAAUGAGGAAAUUUUCUUCUGAUUAACAUUGAUGUCUUUUAGUACUGUAUGUUCUCCAACUUGAACACAAAUGUUUGAAUAUUUGUACAAAAAUGUUCACCUUAACAUUCCUACAUAAUAAAAUUUAUGUGAAGCUCAAUAAAGACGACAAAAACGUUUCAGACAUCAAGCAUAUAUUUUAUUCAUAAGACCAAACCCAUGACAAGGCAGAGUGAUUUUUUUUUUGUUGUUUUGCCAUUUUUCUUAAGUUUUCCUUGAAUUUUUAAAGAUACAAGAUAGGUUAUGUUGGCUUUUUCACAUACUGUUUUUGCUCUAGGUAUACAGUGAUGAAUCUCGUUGAAGUAAUAAAGUCAAAAGUUUGGUUUAACUGUAUUUCUCAGUGGCUAUAUGGGACUAGACCAUCCUCAAAGGCUGUUUUAGUGGAGCUGCUUUGAAGAGAAUGGGGUUUUUAACUCGGCUGGAACAAGAUAGAAAACAUAGUCAGAAGCAAGUAGAUACAUAGAUCAGAGAUGGAUCACGCUGUUUUUGCUCAGAGGCGAUGACCACAACGGGCAAGACGCAAUACGAUAGUUUUCCAGUGGCAUCUGAGUAUCUGAGUGGGUUUAACUCCACUGUUAAUGUGGUGCGGAGGGUCGCUCUCGCACUCUGGUGGCCCCACAGCUCACAGAUGUGCCCUAAGUGUGCUGCCGAAGCCUGUCUGUGUAGAAACUAUGGAGCCAGCAGGAAAGUUCCACCUGAGUGGCAAAACGUAACACAUUCAAAUUAAAUUAUUGCAGAUCACGUAGAUUUAAGUCUUUUCUUUGUUUUUAGGAAUUUUUGUCUGGUUGUGAUCUCUCUCUUUUUCUUUUUUUUAAUAAUGAAUUUUUGUAAUCAUUUUACAUACUCAUUUUGUCAACAUACUCAACAUAAAGGACACAGCACUUAGAUUUUCUAUUGUAUAUACAUGACCUAACUGACAGCGAUAUAUAUGUAGAUAAAACCCUCACUCCUGUCAUGUCGACUUAUACCACUGAAGUCCUUCAGGUCGGGAGUGUGUUCUUUAUUAUGACUGAACGUAGCAGAGAAAGACGCGAAAUAUCUGAAUGCUAAGAUGACAAGAGCAAUGUUUGCCGCUGAGUUUCAAAUAACAGAUGGCUUCGGUGCCCGUUUCGUUUUUAGGUGUGCCUCUGUCUUCUCCUAUCUAAAAAUAUAUGUUUCCGCAGUGUCAACACCGGCGGAGAUUAUUGAGUGCAUUAUGUCAUCUUUAACAAGCCUAGAAGCAUUAAAUAAAUACGGGGAACCGGUGACUAUUUUGUAGUUUACACGACUAUAAAAACUCUCUUUAAAGCUCUAAGAAAAGGUUAGAUUUCACUGAUACCUGGACCAAGCAAUAGCAGUUUACUGUGUCACUGACAUGCAGCCACUGUUCGAACUAGUCUCUUUCAGAAAUUUCAAAAUAAAACAAAAAUGUUGGCUAACACGUUACCCAAAACCACAAUAAUUCAGUCAAAACAUUGAGAAUAUGGCUUGUCGGGGGAGGCUUGGGGUGGAGGGAAUUCAGCUAUCUUUGACCUGAAUAUCACAUACUCUCCAGCAAAGCAGAUUUUGCAGGUUUAACUGUUGUGAGAUUUCGUUUGUUUGGCUUAAAUAUGCCACAAUCUAAUUAAUAAAUAUUUUAUUUGAUAAAUAUUUAAAAUAUGAUCAUAUAAGUAAUUUCUUUUUAUAAAUGCAUUAAUUAAAUCAAUAAAUGUGUAAUAUAUUAAUGUGUCAAUAAUAUAUUAAUACACAAAUCUAAAUUGAAACCAUUAAUAAAAAGUAAUUGGUUUUGCGCCAAAAUAAGUAUUUAUUUUAUAUUUCUAGUGCUACAGUUCUAGUUGAAAAUAUUAAGAAUAAUACUGAAAGCAAGAAUAACAAUAACAGGCUGCACAGUGACGCAGAUGGCAGCACUGCUGCCUUGCAGCAAGAAGGUCCUGGGUUCAAAUCCCAGGGUCUUUCUGCUUGGAGUUUGCAUGUUUUACUUCUGCAUGCAGACUCUCUGUGUUGUCCUACCCCACUGACCGCUGGAGAUAGGCACCAGCACCCCUCACAGCCCCACUAAAGAGAAGCAUGUCAGAUAAUGGAUGGAUAGAUAAUAAUAAUAGUAUUAUAAAAAGAUUUAUCGAUGAUAAAUAGAUUUAUAAAAAAAUCAUGUUAUUACUCUGGAUAGUCUGUAAUGCCUAAAUGAUUGACAACAACAAUGGCAAUCUUGCCUGUAGCAGUGUUUGUUCCUAUCCUUCGACGGGUUAGACAGGAAGAUAAAAAUAAAUUCAAGAGGUCCUGAAAAACAGAGCUACAAAGCUAAAUAAAUCAGACACUAAGAUAAUUGCAUAUCCUUUUAACAUAUAAUAAAAGCAAACUUCUAAGUUUGAAUUUGUUAAAACACUGAAAAUUUGAAACAAUUUAAGAUAUAUAUGUUAAUUCAUCUAAUGCAUUUAUUUUUCUUUGAAUUAUUACGUGUAUAAAUAUCUACAAAACAAUGUAUUUAUUAAUUGAAUUGUGGCACUUUUGGGCUUCUGUAAAUUUGCCAUGAAAGCUGCUUGUGGUAAAAAGUCAACAAGCAAGACAACUGUCAGGUCAGGAGAGGAGGGAAAAUCAAUGCUGUUAUGUGAUUCAGACAGUUACUGGAUCUAAUCCAAUGUGAAUAAAAUAUCUGCAAAGCUAAUAGCAUUAAAAGUUAGUUCCAAGUCAACUUUUCCAAACUUAUUCCACUUUUACAUCUGGUGUUUUCCCAUCAGAGCAAGCCAUUGGUUCAUUACUUUUUUUUACCCACAUCGAAAUCUAUAGCAAAAUCAGUCCCAUCUGUGUUAUCAAUCAGACUCAAUGAGGCAAUGUAUGUCUGUCUACUUUCUAUACACGUAUUUACAACACACACUUUAUCUUGUACGAGACGCAGGGAGUAGGUUGAAUAAAAGAGCCGCUAACUUUCUCUAAUCGACUCCAACAUUUUCUUCAGUACAAAGCAAGUUAGCUGUUUGAACCAAAACCAAAAAAAAAAAAAAAA